AUGUCGAAAAACGCAUAUGCUCGUCGCGAAGUGUGCAAUCGGCGUAUGCAAGAAAUACACGACCUCUCCCUACAAGCCGCGACCGACGCGGCAAUACGAGCGACCUUCCUCGCUCGCUACUCGAGUGUAGCGAAGAUCGCGGACGAUUUUGAGGCCAUCCACCUGAAGGUCAUCCAAGAAGCGGCGGAUUUCGAGGCCGAGGACGCAAUCCGAGCCAGUUUCGAUAAAAUGCAUUACGCCGUAAAGAGUCGAUAUCACCGGGAAACGGGCGCGCCAUUCGGAGGCGCGCCGGCACAGCCCUCGGGUCCGGCCUCGGUGGUCAAGUUGCCUAAGAUCCCGCUGCCGCAGUUUUCCGGCGACCUUACGUUGUGGCCUUCCUUCAUCGCGUUGUUCAACGCGGCGAUACAUAACCAGCAGAUUUCCGCGAUAGAGAAAUACCAGUAUCUGCUGGCUUCACUCAAAGGGGAACCACUCAACAUGGUGAAAAACCUGCCGUUUUCCGAUGAGUACUAUUUGAUCGCUUACGACUCGCUGGUCGAUCGAUACCGGAAUAAGAGAAGGUUAGCGGACCAUCACUUGAAUUCGAUAAUCGAGGCAAAGCCAUUGAAGGCGGAGACGGCCGAGGCUCUUCACCACUUAUUAGAUACGUUUACCGAGAACACACGCGCGCUCGCAUUAAUGAAGUUCCCUACCAAUUCAUGGGAUUUUAUCCUACUGAAGUUUUUGUUAGACAAGCUUCCUCGUUCCCUUCGGGAAAAAUUCGAGUCGGCUCACCGGGCUGAGGAGAUACCGCGAUAUACACAACUCACGAAAUUUCUAGCGGAGCAUUGUCAGGUUCUCGAGGCCGUCGCGGGCCCGUCCUCCAAACCCAAGUCCACACCGGUCUCGUCGUUCGUGACUAACGCGGCCGGUUGCCCCGUUUGUAAGGAGUCUCACUACGUGUCGAAGUGCUCCCAGUUUUUAAAACUCUCGCCGAGGGAGAGGCAGGCUAAGGCUCGCGACUUGAGAUUGUGCCUCAACUGCCUGCGCUCGGGGCACGGCAUGAAAGACUGUCCGUCCGCGUGGGCAUGUCGGUCCUGCGGCACGAAGCAUCAUACGCUUCUGCAUUACGAGCAGAGCUCGAAUACUACUCCUAAGCCCGAACCCAUUAGCGCGACUCCUGCCGAACCGGACGCCGUACCCGCUCCUCAGUCGGAGGAUGCGCCGAUUGUAACAAUGACUAGCCGGGCCAAUAGAAUCGUCCUCCUGUCCACCGUACGAGCCGAGGCGAUAGACGCGCGUGGCAAUGCGUUCCCCGUACGCAUAUUGCUGGACAGCGCGAGUCAGGCCAACUUUAUUACCGAGGGCUGCCUCCGGAAGGGCGGCUUUCGUCGCACCAAACACAGUGCGACCGUGUUGGCGAUAAACGAAGCCAGGGCGGCCACGACGAGGGGCCUCACCUCCCUCGUGAUCCGCGCACGCGGUCGCGACGACACUCGGUUCUCGAUAGAGGCUACGGUCCUCUCGCGCAUAACCUCGCCGCUGCCUAAUGACAAGGUGGAGGUCCAGCCGUGGAAACACUUGAAGGGAUUGCCGCUCGCGGAUCCCGAAUAUUUCGUGCCCGGCGGUGUUGACAUCCUCCUGGGGGCGGACUCGUUUGUGUCGGUGCUACGGGAGGGCCGUCGUAAGGGGGAGAGGGGAGAACCCGACGCCUUCAAUUCAGUCUUCGGAUGGGUUCUGACGGGCGCGGUAUCCCCAUCAGUCCAGGCAGCGCCCCUGAGGUCAUUCGCGACUACGCUCGAGUCGAUCGCGACAUCGGUGGGUCGCUUUUGGCAAUUGGAGGAGGUGCCGGAGGACACUUCUUGUUCGGACGAGGAUCGACGCUGCAAGGAAAUCUUCGCCAAGACCACGUAUCGUGACCCCUCGGGUCGUUUCGUGGUCUCGUACCCGUUCGUGUCGGAUCCUCCUACAUUCGUCGGCUCGCGCUCCAUUGCGGUUAGUCGUCUCCGCGCACUAGAACGUCGAUUUAAAUCUGAUCCGGAGUUCAGAGCUGGUUACAAUAGUUUCAUGCGGGACUAUCUCGAUAGCGGACACAUGGAGGUAAUUCGCAAUCCAUUCCCGUCGGAUGGCCACAUUUAUUAUCUACCGCACCACGGUGUGUAUAAACUCGAUAGCACUACCACUAAGUUGCGGGUAGUGUUCAACGCGUCCUCGCGAGGCCCGGACGGUCUGUCGAUCAACGACACCCUGCUCAGCGCCCUACUCGAGGCGCUGUAUGUGGAUGACGUCGUGACAAGCGUUCGGACGGUGGAACAGGCUCGCGCACUCCGCGACCAAUUGCUAUCGCUUCUCCGAAGCGCCGGCUUCGAACUUCGAAAGUGGUCGAGCAGCCAUCCUGCCGCGCUGGAGGGCCUCGACCCGCAGUUAUGUAGCCAAUCGAUGUUAGAUUUCGAGUCAAGCGAGGAUCAAUCUCAGAAGAUAUUGGGCCUUCGGUGGCACUCACGAUCUGACAGUUUCGGGUUUCAAGUCAACGCGUUGGAUCGUGAGUGCACCAAACGCACUAUACUGUCGGAAGUGGCGCGCAUAUUCGACCCCCUGGGUUUUCUGGCCCCACUCACCUUUACCGCGAAGUGCUUAAUUCAGCGGCUGUGGACCCUCAAGUUAGAUUGGGACGAUGAGCCUCCGAUGGACAUUCGGCGCAGUUGGAGUCGUUUCCAGACGGAGCUCGGCGUGUUAUCUUCCCUUCGCGUUCCUCGCGCGUUUAACUCGUGCCAUGUAGAUCGCUGCGAACUCCACGGGUUCUGCGAUGCCAGCGAGCUGGGGUACGAAGCCGUGAUUUAUCUGCGAAUCGUUACGCGCGACGGCGUCGGGGUCCGAUUACUGUGCGCCAAGUCUAAGGUCGCCCCGCUUCGCCCCCUCACCAUUCCCCGUCUGGAGCUCUGCGCGGCUCUGCUCUUGUCUAAAUUAAUCGCGUACGUCCGGCGCACCCUCCGCGGACACCUUGACAUUGACGACGAGUAUGCUUGGACGGAUUCCGAGGUCGCCCGGGCCUGGAUCCGCUCAGCACCACAACGGUGGAAGACCUUCGUUAGAAAUCGCGUUGCCCUCAUUCAGGACAACGUGCCGGUAUCAGCUUGGGGUCACGUCGACACGGAGUCCAAUCCGGCGGAUCACUGCUCCCGCGGGCUUUAUCCUCGCGAUCUGGUGGCCUGUUCGAUGUGGUGGGCAGGCCCUGAGUGGCUUGUUCGCUUCGAACCCCGAGUUGAGCCGUCCCACGAUUCGGAAACCCCUCCGAUCGAGGAGGAGAAACUCGUAUCGCUCGUGGCGCUCGAGCCGCCUGACGCGGUACAUUCAUUGCUCGAAAGAUUCUCAUCAAUCGAGAAAAUUGGCCGAAUUAUAGCAUACAUUCUCAGGUUUGUACAUCACUUCCGUGCAAAAUCUGCUCCUACGACUUUGGCCAUAGAUCAGCUCGAACUGCAUUCCGCGUUACUACUCGUUGUGAAGAGUGUACAGGCGGAUGCUUUCCGCGAUGAGAUCAAUCGUCUUCAAAGCGGGAGAAGGCUCCCCAAGCCCUUUCGCAAACUCGCUCCCUUCCUUGAUCCGGUGGGUAUUCUCAGGGUGGGCGGCAGGCUCGCAAAAUCCGGAUUGACAUUCGAGAACAAGCACCCUGCCUUACUGCCCUGUAAACAUAGACUCACAGAUCUCGUUAUCGAACACGUGCACCGCACGAACAUGCACCCUGGUCGGCGCACGCUGCAAUACCUGCUCACGCAACAUUAUUGGGUCCUCGGGGUGCAUCGCGCUAUACAACGCGUACUCUCGAGAUGUCAUCAAUGUUUCCGCGUAAAGCCACACACCUCUCAGCCCCUCAUGGCGGAACUACCGGCCGAUAGGGUCCGACAGGCCAAGCCAUUUUCGAUCAGCGGCGUGGAUUUCGCGGGACCGUUCAACAUAGUCACGCGACGAGCCCGGGGGGUCUCCUCCGUCAAAGUGUACGCGUGCCUUUUCGUAUGCUUUUCGGUUAAGGCGGUGCACCUGGAAGCCGCCUUCUCGUUGUCCACCGACUCCUUCCUCGCUGCGCUGCGACGCUUUGUGGCCCGACGCGGACGCUGCUCGCUUCUCUACAGCGACUGCGGAACGAAUUUUGUAGGGGCCGCACGGGAACUAGAAAGCCGCAUGGGCCUCGCAGCGGAGCGAGAGAAGAUCAAGUGGUCCUUUAAUCCUCCCUCCGCGCCCCACUUCGGGGGCCUCUGGGAGGCGGGAGUCAAGACCUUUAAAACCCACCUGCGGCGGACCGUGGGUGAUCAAGUCCUCUCAAUAGAGGAGUUCACGACGGUCCUCGCGCAGGUCGAGGCCGUCCUGAACUCCAGACCCCUCUGCCCGAUGAGCGCCGACCCUGCCGACCUCGAAGUCCUAUCGCCGGGUCACUUCCUCACGAUGGAACCGCUCGUCUCCGUUCCCACUCAAGACGUGACCCCGUUACCGAUGAAUCGGCUGAGUCGGUGGCAACUCGUCCAACGAAUACACCAAGACUUCUGGAGGCGCUGGCAUCAGGAGUAUCUCCAUACGCUGCAACAGCGUCCCAAAUGGUGGACCUCAGUCAACCCGCUCGGUGUCG